AACACGAACAGUGUGACGUCUCCCCGCUGUUCAAACAGACCCGGGAAAAAACUGUGAGUGAACACAGACGGAGCGCAGCAUCAGAACCGGAGCCGCUCACCGUCUGUCCGUCAUGGUUCAGGAGUUUCAUGUCGUCAGGUGUUUCACCUGUCAGAGCUUCCAAGUGCAACAGGUGAAGAAGGUGAACAAGUGGAGCUGUAAACUGUGUGGAGUCAAACAGUCGCUGCUGAAGGAGUUUGGGCGGGGCUCCGGGGCCGACUGCAGACGUCAUGUGCAGAAACUGAACGCCAUGAGAGGAGCCAGGAUGGAGGAGCAGGAGCAACACGCCUGGUCGCUAUGGGAGCAGGUGGAGGCAGAAGGAGAGUGUGAGGAGGAGUACGACCAGGUGAGCCAGACUCAGGUGAGCCGCUGGAGCAAGUACCUGGACACACCUGAAGAGGCGGAGCCAGAAGAGGAAGAGGAGAGUGUUUUGAUGGACAGGCAGCAGCUCCAUGGCAUCAACAUGACUAACAGGAAGAGAAAGAGAAGAGAAGGAUGGACAGAUGAAGGAGGAAAGCACAGCUGGACACCUGAACAGCCACACUGUUCCAGUAUGAAGAAACCUGUGAGAUCUUCAGCCACAAACACCAGUCCAAACCCCACUAGUCUGAACCACCCAAGAGAAAACCACACCAGAACUACCAGUCUGAACUCCCCCAGUCUGAACCACACCAGAUCUACCAGUCUGAACCACCCAAGAGAAAACCACACCAGAUCUACCAGUCUGAACCACCCAAGAGAAAGCCACACCAGAACUACCAGUCUGAACUCCCCCAGUCUGAACCACACCAGAUCUACCAGUCUGAACCACCCAAGAGAAAGCCACACCAGAACUAUCAGUCUGAACUCCCCCAGUCUGAACCACACCAGUCCUUCCAGGAAGAAGAGCAUUAAUCCUCCCAGUGUGAGUACUGGUCCUGUGUCCAGGUGGGCUCAAUUCCUCAGUUCUGACUGUCAGGUAGAGGAGGAGCCUUCAGCCAGUGGGUGGAGUCAGACAGUGGUUGGGGCUGCCCCUCUGUCCUGUAACAACACUAUCAAUGAGGCCCCACCCUUUACCAGGCCCCGCCCCCUACUUCCUGCGUCCUCCAUGUUUGAGAGUGGCGACGACUUCAGCUUUGAUGAGUUCUAAACAGACUGAACAGAUGAUUGAUAUUCUGUUGACGGACUUAUCCAUUCAUCAGCCAUUGGUUUAUAUAUGAUACAGUGUGUUAGUCAGACGUCAGAGACCUGCAGAGUGUUUAAGUUUUUGUGUAAAAAAUAUGAAUAAAAAUGUUUUUAAAAAGUA